AUGCCUCCGAAGAAGGUCGCAAAGAGAAAAGCUCCUGCGAAGAAAGGGGAUCGACCACCUAAACGACGAGCAACUGGGCGUCACCCACUGGACCACGAUCCCAUUGAAAUCAUUCAACCGUCAUGCGCAAUCAACAAUAGCAUGCGCAUACCAUGGGAGCCACCAGAAUGGCUCACUGUUCCCCCGCCUCCGGUCCCGGGAUCCAAGGGAAACGAAGACGACGAUGCCGAUGUUGAAUUCAUCCUUCCCUCGGCCCCAGAGUUGCCUGCCCAGCGACAAAGGCGGAAGAUUGUCGACCAUCCAAACAGUGGCCAUGAAAGCAACACUGGGUUCGCUGAGGCAAUAGCUAACCAUACUCUCCUCAACACUACCUCGGAUGAUCUUAAUCUUCCAGAAGUUCUCACAUUGGAAGAUCUCGAGCUAGGGCGUUCUCUUUUGUUUUUUGAUAUUGAAGAUUUCUUAGGCAAAGUGGUCAACGAUGUGGAUGAGGAGGAGAAAGAUGGGUUCGAGCGACAAGAUGAUUUCAUUCGGCUAUGA